AACCGAGAAAUAAAAGCAAAACAUGGCCAACUAGACGACUGCUACGACAAGGGCAGACAAACUGUUUGAACAUCUUGGGAAAUUCUAACAUGGAUCUUUUAAAUUUAACCAGUUAGCAAGAUCAUGGGUCAGUAUAAUACAAGGAACAGAUUGGAUGAAGAACUUAAAUCUCCAAAUAUAGAUCCCAUUAGAAAGCUUCCUUUAGAACUGAGUCUUACUGUGUUGUCCCAUCUAAAUGCAACUGACUUGUGCCUCGCAGGUUGUGUCUGGAAUGACUUGGCAUGUGAUGAACUUUUAUGGAUGGGGCUGUGCAGAAAUUGGGGCUAUCAUCAUUUGCCACCGAAAGUACAAUCAUAUCGAAAGCUAUACCUGAUUCUUGAUGAAGGAUCCCUGAUAUUUUGUGCAGAUGCUGAAAAGGGCAUGAAAUAUUUUUUCAACAAUGGACUGAUAAAGAAUGACCCUGAAGAUAUUGCAAAUUUUCUUCAUCAUACAAAUAAACUUAAUUCUCUACAACUUUGUUGUUAUUUAGGCCAAAGAGGAGAUGUCCUUGAUCACUUCAUUGGUUUACAAAACUUCAAAGGCGAAUCUUUACCGAAUGCUCUGCGCACUGUAUUUUCACGAACAUUGGCAGGAGACAUUCAUGGCAAUUAUUUACAUACUCUUCUAGACAAAUUUUCCCGACGAUUUUACGACUGCAACCAGCAUUUAAAAUUACCGCCAGAUACUAUCUAUAUCGUCAGUUUUUCCCUGAUAAUUCUUUCCGUGGACCUCUCUAGUCCUCACAUAAAAAACAAAAUGUCGAAACGCGAAUUCAUUCGUAACGUACGAAGAGCAGUUGGUCAUAGGAUAGACGACGAUUGGUGCGGGCAUCUAUAUGAUGAUAUUUAUCUUAUUGGCCAUGUUGCACCGGGGAGGUAACAAAACUUCCCGACCAGAUCACCAUUAACAUACUUGGUGAAGAAGUUCUGAUAUGCCAUGACCGCUUUUAUUAUUAUUGGUUAUCACAAGGACCACACCAGUAGGAAAACCCUUCAUUGAUUUUUCAUCUACUCCGAUGUUAACACCUCCAUGUUAGUGUAAGAUAGAAUAACGUCCAUAGAUUUAGCAGAUUUGUAAAGCUAAGGUAUGUUUACGUUACAAGCUAGUAAAAUUCAAUCAAUUGUGUAAACCCAUUGUAAUUUUCCUUUAUUAUAAAAAAUAACCUCAAUAAACUAAUCUACACA